AGAAGAAGAAGAAGAAGAAGAAGAAAACGAAGCAGAAGACGAAGACGAAGAGGAAGAAUGCUCCUUUUUGCAAAAACAUGGAAAAUUUCUCCACAGAUCUGCCACCUUGCAGCUUCAAAGCUUCACCUGGGGACAGCGAAGAGAACUGCGGGGACAUACUUUCAUCAGCUCCACAUGCUCUCUGUCCUGCAAAAGGUUCAAGGUUGGACGUCACACCACCUGCAUCCCAGUGUCCUUCAGCCUGUCGGGGAGCAUGGCUGGAGAAGAUUUGAAGGGUCAAUCAGAAAUCUUUCUCUAACAUCAAGAAGAAAGAAGAAACUGUCCCAUGUGCAUAUAAGAGAGCUUUCAGAAGGAGCCUAUGAGAAGCUGGCAGAUGAGACGCUGGAUGCUCUAUCUGAUUACUUUGAAGAUCUGGCAGACGAAGCUUUCUCUGGAACAGAAUAUGAUGUUGUAUUUUCUAGUGGAGUGUUGACGAUAAAGUUGGGUGGAGGCCAUGGAACCUAUGUUAUCAACAAACAGACACCGAACAGACAGAUCUGGCUUUCUUCUCCUACCAGUGGACCGAAACGCUACGACUGGACGGGAGAACGCUGGGUGUAUAUUCAUGAUGGAAUUAGUCUCCACCAACUGCUUUCGAAAGAGUUUUCUGUUCUCUUCAAUAAAAACAUCCAUUUGUGUCAUUUGCCAUAUUCCUGAAGCAGCGAAUCUGAAAAUGAUGGACUGAGUGCAUUAUGCUUACCAAUAUGUUUCUAUGGAAACCAAAAGACUUGUAUUGUCUGUUCCUGUUCUGAAGUUCAUUACAGUCCAAACAAAAGAUUCUCUCAUUCCUGGUGUUGGAUGGACAUGCUUCCAUAUUCCUAGCAAAGCCUUCUGUGUUCUGCUGUAAUGUGUUGUUAUACCUGACUGUACUUGAGUUUUAUUUCUCUGUUCACUGCUCUUCCCUGUAGAAAAUACAACAAUAAGGAAAGAUUAUUUAUCUUUUCCACUCUGUUACUGUUUCAAACCCAUAUAGUUGAGCUUUUAUUUUGAAAAUGUGCAUUUCUUUAUUUUAUGUUAUGUUACACACAGUCCCAAUUUGUUUCAUAGCCUCCAGGUUAUAUUUUAACUCAGUCUAACCAAGAUUAAGAAAAUGUUAUUAAAAAGAAUGAGGAAUGACGUAUACAUACAAUUUAUUUCAAUAAGUAUUAUAAACAUUGGAAGUGUUUCUGUGAGCAAAAUUACACAAAAUUGUGCAUCAUUGACUUUCUUAUCACAUUUGUCACUUGCGAGUCUCAAGCUUGGUGUAUAUCUAUAAGGUCAAUAGAAAGCAGCAAAAUCCCUGUAGUAAUAUAAGAAUUGAUCAAAAUUAUUUUUGAUGCUGAAAACAACAUGGACUUGUAAUGCACUGUCAGCAUUCUUCAUACUGGAUGACUGUUGGUGAUUAUUGGUUAUACUGAUUAUUGCAGGUGUUGGUCAGAAGGGGCGACAAAUUUCUAAAGCCAGCCUGCACAGGGCUGAUGAUGGCAAGCUACAAUCCAGUAGCCCUUUGAGAUUUCAACUGGAGAUAUAAAGGGCUUUAUAAAUAAAACUGAUUGUUCUUAUUGUGAUUACUGACAAAGACAUCUGGAUGGAAGCUGGCUGUUCUGUUCUACACCCACUCAUUGUUUCAUUGAGUUUUUCUGGAGUUCAAGGUCACAGGAGGAUUAGAGUGGCUUCAUGCAGCCAACCAGUGAAAGAGGGGUUCUCCCACUUGCUGUUAACAGAUGCCACAAAAUUAAGCUGGAAUAAAAACAAGUAUUUCAGUAGAGAUUAAAAACCUUCACACUGAAAAUGACUCCAUAAUGCAAGUGGCUCAAAUAUACAGGAAAUGGGCUGAAUGAAUAAAAAUUUUCUUUUCCUGGUG